CCUUUCCCAGUCGGCUAUACUCCGCCCGUCUCGUCGAUCCUCAUGGCGAGGCUGAUGAUGCGAGUGUCUAGUUAACAUCUUCUCAUUCACUCCCUCUGGCGCCACACGUCCAUGUGCGGCUCUGAUCAUUCUCCUAAUACGCUUUCUUUUCUCUUAUUCUUUCCCCCCAAAUGUACAACAUAGUCUCCGCUUUUUUGUAUAGAUCGCCUAAUUUUCCAGCACCCCCUAAAAUUCAAUUUCUGGAAGCAAGUAUUUUAUUAGAUUUUUUUCUAAUGUUUGGAAUUAUGUGAAUUGGCUGCAGCUGGUGUCACCAAACAUCUUUCGUCAAUCACUUUUAUUCGAACUCGGGUUUUAAGACGCGUCUCAUCUUGAACGUAAGACGCUCGUGACUCGCCGCGAAGAUAUAGUUUCAUUAAUCCGCCUCGCCUCGAGUCCACAACUUGACUGGAUUGUGCGUGUUUAUGUUAGUUGUUUUCAUCGCUGCAACUGUCAAAUCAAGAACGGAACCGCUGUACAGCUCGCGCGCAUCGCCGCUGCUCCGUGGAGACUUGAGCCGCGCGCGCCGAGCUCAUUCACUGUGAAUUAAACCGAACUACAGAAGAGCAAGUCUAUACAGCGACUGUCGGAGUCUACCGGAAUCCACACACCGUCUUUUGGUUUAUUGAUCACCAUCUCUGCGACUGGUGGACACAGUUACCGCUAUACUGCCAUCAUGCUUCAUUUGCGCCUUCCAUCGACCCCUUUCUACUUCACUCCUUGCCUUUCCUCUCUCCUCCUCCUGAUCUUCCUCUUGGGCCUCACCCAUCUGUCUCAGGCUGGUGGCGAUGUGUCCCACAGCAGCUCGGGGAACUGUUCAGGAGAGGACAGCUGCUCUGACGGUGUCGUCCUGCCGGUAUGGAACCCCCAGAACCCCUCUGUGGGCGAUAAGGUGGCACGUGCCAUCGUCUACUUUGUGGCCCUCAUCUACAUGUUCUUGGGCAUGUCCAUCAUCGCCGACAGGUUCAUGUCAUCCAUCGAGGUGAUUACGUCUCAAGAGAAGGAGAUAACGAUCAAGAAACCCAAUGGCGAGACUACCACUGCUACCGUACGCAUCUGGAAUGAGACCGUGUCUAACUUGACCCUCAUGGCUUUGGGAUCGUCGGCUCCUGAGAUCCUGUUAUCUGUGAUUGAGGUCUGCGGGCACAAGUUUGAGGCUGGUCACCUGGGCCCGAGCACAAUUGUGGGUAGUGCUGCAUUCAACAUGUUCAUCAUCAUCGCCAUCUGUGUUUACGUGGUCCCAGAUGGCGAAGUACGCAAAAUCAAGCACUUGAGGGUCUUCUUUGUGACGGCAGCCUGGAGCAUUUUCGCCUACAUCUGGCUCUACUUGAUCCUCUCUGUCUUCUCUCCCGGCGUGGUGGAAGUCUGGGAGGCCGUGCUUACUUUCCUCUUCUUUCCGCUCUGUGUGGUUCAGGCCUGGAUCGCUGACCGUCGCUUGCUCUUUUACAAAUACGUCCACAAGCGCUACCGUGCUGACAAGAACCGUGGCAUCAUCAUUGAGACGGAGGGUGACGGCAUAUUCACCAAGAUGGAUAUGGAGAUGGACAGCCAAGGUGCCAAUUCCCACCACAAGGAGGCACUUGAUGGGAUGCUGGCCGGUGUGGAGGAAGGAGGUGGUGGAGGAGGUGGAGGGGAAGAAGAGGAGGCCAGGAGGGAUAUGGCUCGUACUCUGAAGGAGCUCAAGCAAAGACACCCAGAGAAGGAUAUGGAGCAGCUGAUCGAGAUGGCCAACUAUCAAGUGCUUGUGCAACAGCAGAAGAGUCGAGCUUUUUAUCGCAUCCAGGCCACCCGCAUGAUGAUCGGAGCAGGGAACAUCCUGAAGAAGCAUGCUGCAGACCAAGCCAGGAAGGUGGUGAGCUGCCAUGAAUCUAAUGCCCAGGAAGAAGACCCUCACACCAUCUACCUGGAGUUUGAGCCCUCCCAUUACCAGUGCUUUGAGAACUGUGGCUCCUUAAAAAUCUCUGUGACCCGACAUGGUGGAGACAGUGGCUGCACUGUCAAGGUUGACUAUCGCACAGAGGAUGGCACUGCUAACGCAGGAUCAGACUAUGAAUUCGCCGAGGGCACUCUGGUCUUUAAACCAGGUGAGACGGUGAAGGAGCUGACAGUUGGCGUGAUCGACGAUGACAUAUUUGAGGAAGAUGAGCAUUUCUAUGUAAAUCUCAGCAACCCUCGUGUUGUCCACCGCGCUGAGGUCUCCGUCCUCGACCCUAAUGCGGUGUCUCCAGGCAACAGCAUUAUGGCGUCCAGCCACGUUCCUCCCAAAGCUGCCCUAGGUAACGCACACACUGCCACGGUGACCAUUUACGAUGACGACCAUGCGGGGAUCUUCACGUUCGAGAGCAAUGCCACAAGAGUGAGUGAAAGCGUGGGCAUGAUGCAGGUGAAGGUCCACAGAACAUCUGGAGCGAGGGGGAAGGUGGCAGUACCGUACCACACUACCGAAGGAACCGCCAAAGCUGGAGAAGACUACGAAGAGGUGGCUGGCAAACUGGAGUUCCUCAAUGAUGAGACCUUGAAAAUCCUGGAGGUGAAGAUCAUUGACGAUGAGGAGUACGAGAAGAACAAAACCUUCACCAUCCACCUGGGAGAGCCGGUGCUUCUGGAGAUCGGGCAGAAACACGGAGACUCCAAUGAUAACAAGCCGGCGGUGGGGGCAGAGGAAGAGGAGGUGGCCAAGAUGGGGUGCCCGAGUCUGGGAGAGCAUACCAAACUGGAGGUGGUGAUAGAGGAAUCGUACGAGUUUAAGAAUACCGUCGACAAGCUGAUAAAGAAGACUAACCUGGCGCUGGUGGUGGGCAGCAGUAGCUGGAGAGAACAGUUUGUUAGCGCUGUCACUGUCAGUGCAGGUGACGAUGAUGAGGAGGAGAGCGGGGAGGAGCGCUUGCCCUCGUGCUUUGAUUACAUCAUGCACUUCCUGACAGUUUUCUGGAAGGUUCUUUUUGCCUUCGUUCCACCCACAGAGUACUGGAACGGCUGGGCCUGCUUCAUCGUCUCCAUCACACUCAUCGGGGUCCUGACCGCUGUCACUGGAGAUUUGGCCUCUCACUUUGGUUGUACAGUAGGCCUGAAGGACACUGUCACGGCUGUGGUGUUUGUGGCCUUGGGCACGUCAGUGCCUGAUACCUUUGCCAGCAAGGUGGCAGCCAUCCAGGACCAAUACGCCGAUGCAUCAAUUGGAAAUGUGACAGGUAGUAAUGCAGUUAAUGUCUUCCUGGGAAUCGGAGUGGCGUGGACCAUCGCUUCUGUAUACUGGAACAGUCAGGGCAAAAAAUUCCUGGUCCCGCCGGGGUCGCUGGCGUUUUCUGUCACCCUCUUCACCAUCAUGGCUCUGGUGUGUGUUGUUACACUACUGUACCGCCGCCGGCCCUCUGUGUCUGGGGGCGAGCUGGGGGGCCCACGAACCGCCAAGCUGCUCACCGUGGUCCUCUUCAUCAUCCUGUGGCUCAUCUACAUCAUGCUGUCAUCGCUGGAGGCUUACUGCCACGUGCCUGGCUUCUGAGAAGGUGCAUAAGAGAGAUGUACUCUUUGCUGUAAAACCUCCCAUCAUUCUUCCUCUUUGCUUCUGUCUAUAUGAGAAGUCUAAAAUGAGUGUUUACAUCUGUUCUUACUGAUUAUAAUCGUUGUUGAAAUUGAACUCGCAUCCUUUCGCUAACACUGACGUGGAUAUCUAGAUGAGUGUCAGUGGUGGAUGAUAGAGGCUCAGUCAUGCACAGCUUCUCUUUAUAGAUGGAUCUGUCUUACAUGGUGUCUGCCACCACCUGGAUAUUUAGACACAGCAGCACCCUCCAGAAUUAUCUCCUGAGAGCCCCUUCAGCAUUUUUCUUGCUUUACUGCUGUUUUUUUUCAAGGAUGGUCCUUCGAUGUUCUCUCAGAAAUCCCUCUUCUAUCAUUCUCUCUUCCGUCCAAGUCGCUGUCAACAGACUCCUAUUCCCACUGCAGAGAUUUGGGCAUGCUUCACGCCUCUACCUACCCACAAGACAUGAACACUCUGUUUCAUCUGUCUUCUCUUGCCUGUUACUACAACUCCCAGAAGACAUUCAUACCACACUAGCACUGUUCAUUUUCCACAGCUAUAAUUUCAACUCAAGUGAACCUGUGGGGGCUGAGCUUCUCUAACUGACUCCGCCCCCAAUAUAACCUGACUCCUUUACCGAUAACCUUGGCCAAAUUCUACUCUAACAUCUUCAUCAGCUCUGAACAUGUCCCCAAUGCUACCUACGCCAGAUCUUCUUCAAUUCAGACCUCAUCCUCAAUAAUGAUUCAACAACUUUCUCAAUAUUAACCUCGCCUCGGUGUCAUCACAGACCCUGAUCAGCACUACUUAUACCACAUUUUUGACCAAUAACCUCGGCCCCAACAUUACAUAAAUACCUUUGUCACUCCUGACACUGGCCCAUCACUACUUAAACCUUACGUUCUUCACUUCUGACUCCACCCAUUAUACUCCAUAUACAUCACACCUUUUUAAUCUCUGGCACACCCCAAUAUUACCAGACCUUAUUUACAUAUGAUUUCAGUUCCCAAUAGAACAAACUUCUCUUCACUUCUGACCCUACCCACGACACUUCCUGUGCCACACCUCCUCCAUCACUGACCCCACCCCUACAUUAUCUAUAGCACACAUUUUCACCUCUGAUCCAACACCAUCACUACCUACACCACACCUUCUUCAAUUCUCAUUUUACAUAUGCCACAACUUCUUUAUAUGUGGCUCUGCGCAAAAAUUAUCUAUACACACCUUCUUUAUAUAUGAACCCCGCCCUCGACACAACAUACCACACCCUCUUCACGUCUACUAUUUGCUGGUGUUGUAACUUUUUAAAUACUCUUGUGAAAUUUUUAUAAUUUAUUUAUUUAUUUUUACUAUGCUAAUGAAGUUAAUUAUGAGGUCAAUAGCAGGAAUGUAAGAAAGGAUUUUUUUUUUUUUUUCGUAAUUUUGUUGAAACUUAACAAAACCUUAAGGAUACACAAUUUGCAUGAAACAACAUUAGUGAUAGAAGUUGAACAGAGACCAAAAGAAAUAGUUUAACAGUGACAGUGACAUAUGAACCAAGGUGUUGGUGUUUAUUCAUGUGAUAUUUAUUGAUAUUUAUUAUUAUGAACUUUGUAUUAUGUGGGAAAUAUUGUACACUGUUUGUGUGUGAGAGCAUGUAUUCGAAUGGGCGAGUGCAACAGAUUUGACGAACAUAUGAGUGUUGUAUGUGCCAAUUUGUCGAAAAGUGUUUAAAGUCUUUUUAUCUGACUAUGAGUGUCUGAAAGUGAAUGUGUCCAACACUCAAGCACAGCGAAUUUUGUUUCUGGCACUGCCACGCUCAGGAGUUUCAGGCUCUUAUCAUGUGAGCUUCUGGAUCUUCUCCCAACAUCCUUGAAUUUACAGUUUGCAGUUUACAUGUGGUACAUUCGUUUCUCCGGUCAAACCGAGCCAUUUUCCACAGCUUCACUGUGUCAAGCUUUUAGCUCUCUUCACUACUGAAGGCUUAGCGUCAUUGAGUCAUGUGGUUGUGUGUGAACACAACAUGGGUGCCUUGAUAUCAACAGUACAAUGUGUCCUGGCCAUACUGUAGGUCUGUCACCGAGCUGUGAGUUUCAUUCACGCUUCAAAAUGUGAAUAUUUUACCCGUGAAAUGUGAUCCCAUCACUUUCGCCACAUUAAUCCAGAGCCAUAUCUAAUUAUCCAAGCACUUACCUCUCCUGAUAGCAUCGACGCCACCUAAUUUGCGUUUAUGUGCGUGGUUAAUGGCUAAUGGAUUAAAUUCCAGUUCAGUUUCAGUAUGCUCUCUUUAAUCAGUGUUCUCCAUCUGCUCCUUAACUAAUAAGACUUGGUUCAUUUCCAGUUAGCCAAGAGUUAAACUGGUUUAGUCAGCCCAACUCUCUAUCCCAUAUUUCUCUUUACUAAGUGAUGCAGUGAUUAUGGGUUUCAGGUUGCAGAUAUUACAUAAUUGUUUACAAGGAUGUAAUGUGUCCCCAUUUUUUCCUGCUAUCAGCCAUCUGCUAGGCCCAACCUGGGACACAUGAUAUAGAAAAUGAAAAGUUUUAGCAGAAGGAAAUGCUGGUGUUGUUCACUAUUAUGGACCCCAGCAGACCAGUGCUUCAAACUUUUAAAGUGCAUUAUUUUAAAGAGCGUUCUGAAAAAAUUGUAAGAGGGAAUGCAUAGUCCCAUUACCUGAUUUAUAAUGACGCCAAUGGCCAAAUGCACCAUUUUAUGACGACUGCUACAGUCCUCCGUUUUCUUGAAUGAUAAAACAUAGAGGUUCAACAAAAGCCACAGUCAGCCAUCUAUGGAAAUGUUGUAAGUGCUCUGCUCACUGAAAGUGGGCGAAACAGAUGUACAUACAGUCCACAUUUAUACAGGCAUAUGUGUAUUUAUACAUUCCAGUGAUACCAGAU